AUGGCGAGCGUGUUCGUGCGCAACCUGCCGUUCGGCGUGACGCAGGAGGAGCUGGAGCACGUGUUCAGCGAGAUCGGCCCCGUCAAGAAGAUCGAUGUCAUCAAGGACAAGGGCAAGCGCAAGAGCGAGAUGCUCACGCGCGGAUUCGCCUUCGUGAAGUUCGCUGUGGAGAGCGACGCGGCGGUGGCCGUCGAGAAGCUCAACAAGACGGACUUCCAGGGCCGCAAGAUGCUCAUCGACUACGCGAUGGAGAAGGGCAAGCGCCGUGGACUGGCUGGAAAGAACAAGCCAGCUCCCGAAGAGAAGCCUGCAGCUGCGGCGGAGCACGAGCAGGUGCAGGAGGACGUCGAGAUGGAUGAGUCCGAACAGCCGGAGGAGGAUAAGGAGAAAGCGAAGAAGGACCGCAAGGCUGCGAAGGCUGCCAAGAAGGCCGCCAAGGCGGAGGCGAAGGCCAAGGAGGAGGUUGAGGAGACGGCUGCCAAGGCUGAGCCGGAAGAGAAGGCAAAGCCGGCCAAGGUUAAGCAAGAUAUGAAGGCUGAGGCGGCCGCUGUCCCCGAAGCUAAGGCGCCUGCGAAUGCUGGUGCUCAGACGAAUCACGUGCAGAGCGAGCGCAAUGCGCGUCGUCGUCAGCACCGUGAGUUCUUGCGUGAGGUGGAGCGCCGCAAAGAGGAGCAGGCUAGCGUGGAGCAGAAAUCCGUGCUGAUCUUCGGCUUGGGCGCCGAUGUGACGCAGAAGCAUGUGCUAAAGAAGGCCAAGAAGGUUGGCGCUGUCGAGAAGGUGGAGCGCAAGGAAGAGGCUCGCACUGGCAAGUCGUACGCUCUGGUGCAAUUCAAGACGACGAAGGACGCAGCGCUGGCUGUCGCGAAGCUGGACCAUCACAUUUUCAAGGGCUCGGUGCUGCAGGUGAAGAGCGCAGCCAAGGCCGUCGUGGCCGAUGAUAAGGCAUCUGCUGGCAAGCCGGGCCACCCGAAGCAAGCUGCCGAGGCCGAGGGAUUGCGUCUCAUCGUGCGUAACUUGGCUUUCCAGACCACGGACAAGGAUCUCGAGAAGCUCUUCGAGGUGCACGGCCCUCUGUUCGAGGUCCGUGUCGUGCGUAUGCCAGUGGAAGAGGACAAGAAGAAGAGCGAGGAGGGAGCGGACGGAGAGUCUAAGGCUGAGCCUGUGCUUGGUCGUAGCCGUGGAUUCGGCUUUGUCCAGUACCGCGAUGUGGCUGACGCGCGCGCUGCCGUGGAGAAGCUCAACGGCACGAAGCUCAAGGGCCGUGAGAUGAUUGUCGAUUUUGCUCUGUCCAAGAACAAGUACCUGGAGCAGCAGAAGAAGCAGGAGGAAGAGGCCAUUGCCUCCGCUGCCCCGGAAGGCGAAGACGAGGACGACGAGGAGGCUAACAGUGGUGAUGAGGAUGAGGACCAGCUCGAAAUGGCUACGGAUGAUGAGGUAGAUGCUGCGUCCGAUGCAUCGGACGAUGAAGAUGAAGCGGAGGAGGAAGAAGAGGAAUCCGCCCCAGCCCCCAAGGAGGACACGGAGGCCCAGCGUGACCGCACGCUUUUCAUUCGGAACCUUUCCUUCCAGACUUCGGAGGACGGACUGCGCGCGUUCUUUCAGACGUUUGGUGCGGUCGAGUACGCCCGUGUUGUGUACGACAAGGGAUCUGGACUGUCGAAGGGCGUGGGAUUUGUGCGCUUCAAGUCGGCUGACGUGGCUGCUGAAGUUCUCAAGCGCGGCGAACAGCCGCAACUUGAUGACAAGAAGAAGCAGAAGGAGAACCUCUUCACGCUGUCUGCCCUGGCGGAUGGUGGCGAUGAUGCCUUGACCCUGGACGGACGCCAGCUCAUUCUGUCGCGCGCUGUUUCCAAGACCGAUGCCGAGCACCUGGCUGACUCCAACGCCCGCGAGCGCCGUCGCCUGGACAAGCGUAACAUGUACCUGGCGUACGAGGGCACGCUGAACGUGAACAAGAUGGCGGACGCCGAGCUGGAGCUGCCGAAGAUGGACAUCGACAAGCGCCGCCGCGCUAUCCGCGAGAAGAAGCUGAAGCUCCAGAACCCCAUGUACUUUGUGUCGCCCAUGCGUCUGUCGGUGCGCAACCUGUCUACUGCGCUGGACGACCGCAAGCUCAAGAAGCUGUUCCACGAUGCGGCCACUGCUGGUGUGCGUGCUGGUAACGUGGACCGCACAGAGAUUAAGCCCGAGUUGCUGCCGAAGGGCAACCCCACCGUGAAAGUCCGUAUGGCUAAGGUGGUGCGCGACAUGGAGUCGGCCAAGGCCGGCAAGGAGCCGCGAUCACGUGGCUACGGUUUUGUCGAGUUUUCGGAGCACUUGCACGCGCUGGCUGCUCUGCGCGUGCUGAACAACAACCCCAAGUACACGUCGUACGCCGCUGGCCGCCCAGCUCCUGGUGCGCCUGACAGCUCGAAGUCGCGUCUUAUUGUGGAGUUCGCGCUCGAGAACCACGGCAAGCUCAAGUUGCGCGAGAAGCGCGCUGCCGACGCUGCCAAGAAGCGUGAGGAGGAGCGUGCACUGAAGGAGGCGCAGGGUGAGGACGGUGAGGACGCCGAAAAGUCGAAGAAGAGUCGCGGUCAGCGCCAGCGUGAGAAGAAGAAGCUGCGGGCGCUGGCCAAGGCGGAAGCGAAGGCUGAGGGUGAGGAGGGCAAGCCGAAGUCCAAGAAGGCGAGCAAGGUCGUCAAGGAAGCCAAGCCGCAGCCGAAGAAGCGGAAACGCGCCGAGGCCCCGCAGGGCGACGCGGAGGCUGACGCUUUGGCCUCGCUGGGCUCUGCUGGAGCCACAAAGAAGGGCAAGACGCUGUCUCGCAGCCAGCGCAAGCACGCCAAGGAGCUGGAGAAGGAGAAGUCGUUUGAGGAUAUGGUGCGUAGUUACAAGAAGGAGAUCUUCGGUGAAAAGCCCGUGGCGGGAGCUGCUUCCAAGGCGGACGAAGACGCCAAGAGUUCAAACCGUUGGUUCGACUAA